UUUUUAUCAAUACUAAAACAGUCACUAAUCUGCAUGUUCAUCGUUCAAAGCCUUUUCUUACAACUUGGUUAACAGCUGUAAAAUGAUGACUUAGGACAUGUCCUGUUAAUUCCUCUCUAAAAUUAUUCAAGUUAUGGCUAUCAUUUGCCUAUUGUAAGCUUUUUUGGGAGCGGUCACGGCCGUGCCAGAAACACGUGAGUCAUGAAAGAAGAAGUAGAACUUACGCAGAGUUCUUGCCUGUCCGCCCUGGGCCCAAUGCUUGACCCGACCCACGGGCAAAUACCUGGGACUGUUGUGCCCCUGCAGCCUGUUGCAAUGAGCGCCCCCACAACAGCCUUGGCUCCUCAGCAACAAACUGACGUCGACACAAACGGCUCGAGUUCCGCUGAGAAGUCCGCAAAGAGAGGCGGCACGAGGCGCCAAGAGAAGCCCCCCUACAGCUAUAUCGCGUUAAUCGUCAUGGCCAUCCAGAGUUCCCCGCAAAGACGUCUAACUUUAUCGGAAAUUUACAGCUUUCUUCAACAAAGAUUUUCUUUUUUCCGAGGAUCGUACAUGGGCUGGAAGAAUUCAGUGCGGCAUAACUUGAGUCUAAACGAAUGCUUCAUCAAGCUGCCAAAAAGCAUGGGUAGGCCCGGCAAAGGCCACUACUGGGCCAUAGACCCUACGGCCGAACUCAUGUUCGAAGAAGGUUCGUUUCGCCGACGACCAAGAGGCUUCCGACGCAAAGUUCAAGCCAUGAAGCCGUACCAGUUGCCACCCCCUCCUCCCCUACCGUACGACCUCUACACCGUACCUGCAUCUGCUAACUAUCCUGCUCAGUACUCACAGUCGUAUCAAGACUACCCUUAUUCACAACAGCAGUACGCUAUGUACGGCUACACUCCUGAGUACGUCACUCAUGCUACUCAUGGUAACGUGUCGCCCUCACUGAUUUACCCUCACCCAGGAGGUCAUGGGUCUAGUCUACCUCAGGUCACGUCAGACCGGGACAUGUGGGCCUCCAGCAUCGGGCCAGUGUCGGGCCAGAGCUACAUUAAAAGUGGAGCCAGUCCCGCAGGUUCCCCUGGGCCUUUGACCCCCCCGGUCCACGACGCGAUGGGGGGCAGUACCACAUUGUACCCCCACCAUCAUCCCCACCCUCUCCACUACACGAGUGGGGGGGACAUACUGGGGGGAAUACCCACAACCUCUGCUGUGACCUCAUCAGCAGUUAAUCCCCAGCUGGGGUACAGUUCAUCCCCUCAACUCAUAGAUGCUUCAAACAUGGCCGUCUCCAUGCACAGUGUUCGGGGACUGUCACAGCAGACAUCACAGCACGGGCACAUGAGUAGCAACAGCAGCGUCCACGCACCAGCAGACAAUCAGCAGCAGUUGCUGGCUCACCAACAUCAUCUGCAGCUACAACAACAACAAGUCCUAAUGUCUCCCCAAUACGACUCGAAGAGAAGUUGGACUCCUCCUGCUCCUCAUCUCGAUGGGCCAUCGGCACAUGAUGCAGAGAUGUCUCGAGGAGGAAAUCAGCAGUCGACACGUGUAGUCUCACCUAAUCGUCCUCAUGAGCCUCCUACCACUCCUGGCUUGGCCAAUCAGCAAAUGCUGCGGACCACCUACCCAGGGACACAGCCGUCGUUGCGUGGCCCUUACCUAAGCAACAACCCUAACAAUCCUCAUACAAUCCGAGGCCCCUAUUUGACUAGCUCCACGAGCUCUACUAGUCAUCUCUCAGAGCGUGCUACCUCCUAUUUGUCCAGCCCCAAUAACAAUCUCACGGAGCGUUCUGGUGCGUACAUGACAAGUCCCACUAACCAUCACUCGGAGCGUUCAGGCACCUACUUGAAUAAUCCUAGCUCUACUAACCAUCACUCGGACCAUUCUGUGUCUCCAAUACCCAGCCACCAGGAAGCCUCCAUCACGCCUCUACCCUCUAGCCAACUUUUCCAUCAAAAUCCUCAUGUUUCUACUCAACACGCUCCCCCUCAGACCACUUCAUCCACACCUCUCAUUAGCCACCACCAAGUCUACUCCAACGAAGCACCACCGACUUACUACGAUGCUGUCAAGUUUUCUAUGUGAAUCCCGGAUCAGCAGAUAUUUUUUCUCUGCCGUCCGGUCCAAUGUUAACUCACUUUUCCCAAGCUUGUGUUAAUUCAGCUAUGUUAUUUGAUAUAAUUACCAAAUGAGGAAUUUGAGAAUAUCUCUUUCAAUUAUAUAAUAACAAUCAUUUCAACCCAAAUGCGUAAAGGCGAAUUCUCCUAUCACAGGACAUAUUUAUUUGUUCGGCUUUUAUAAUUAAAUAACUGUCAACUUAUUUGGUUGUCCAUUUUAGUUUUAUGGGGCGUGCACUCUUCUUUAUCGUAGAAAACCAAGCACAUCGUAAUUUUUUAAUUAAUAUCUCAUUUGUAAAAUAUGUAAAGCCAACUGUAUAUUAUUUCAAGUUUAUUUAUUGUCAUAGUGUCACGAGUUGGUGUCUAGUUUUUGUGUUUUAUCGGUGAUGAUAUGAGCACGAAUGUUGUUUACUUAUAUGCAAUAACAAAACUAAUUGAGAAGGAAGCAUUCAGCUAAAAUCCAUCACCUUAAACAUUAAACAUUACCCGUAACAUGCACCAAAAACUGUAACGUUCCUAAACAGUCAUUUGAACAAACACCAAUAGUGCAACUUUCUUAAAUGUUACGUAGAACAGGCACCCAAGACUGUAACCUUCCUAAUAAUUACCUACAACAAGCAUCAAUGACUUGAAACUUCCUAAAUAUUACUUAGAACAAGCAUUAAAGACCACCACACCUUUCUCGCACAGUUAUUCUAGGAGCCAAACGCAAACUUUUCCUGAUUUGCUCUGUUGUAAAUUGUGAAGCUACCGUAACCGUCAUAGAAACUGGCUGGAUGCACUUACUCUGUUGUAAGUUGUGAAGUGACCGUGAUCACUGCACUGGCUGGAUGAUCUUGCUCCGUUGUAAGUGGUGAAACGACCGUGAUCACUGCACUGGCUUGAUGCACUUACUCUGUUGUAAGUUGUUAAGUGACCGUGAUCACAGCACUGGCUGGAUGCACUUAUUCAGUUGUAAGUGGUGAAGUGACCGUGAACACUGCACUGACUGGAUGCACUUACUCUGUAGUAAGUUGUGAAGUGACCGUGAUCACAGCACUGGCUGGAUGCACUUACUCUGUUGUAAGUUGUGAAGUGUCCUUGAUCACUGCACUGGCUGGAUGUACUCUAUUGCACGUUGUGAAGCGACUUAGGACUCUAGUACAUGACAUCUAACAUCCAUCCUGUGAACUUAAUAUAAUUUCGCUAUAGCCUGAGUUUCAGAGAUGUUCCGUUGUUCAGUUCUUUUUAUAUCAAUGGAAAUAUUAGCGAGCAAGUUUUUUGUUGCAGUUUAAAAAAAAACGUUUGUUAACUGGUGCAAUCGUUUUUCAUAUAUGUCAUAUAUAAACUAUUAUGUGCCUUUCGAACAUUUUAUUGACAAUCAUUUCAUGUCUAUUAAAUGUGUGAUUGAUUUAUUAGUGUUGUGUCUGCAAAGUGCAAACAUUAUUUACGGUGGGUUUCGACGUUAGGUCAUCUCUUUUAGACAUUUGGACAUUUCUCCCGUUUCCAGCUAAAGUGUUUUUUACAAUUUAUAUUUAUUGAAAGAACACCCACUUUUUUCGCACUCUUACCAAGAUAUUAAGUCCAAAAUCAAGCGAAUGAUAAGAUAUUCAUAUGAAUAAAACACUGACAUAAUUGUGCCAUCAUAGCAAUGGUAACACUGUCAAAAUUGGCACAUUACCAAAAUGAGAAAUUGCAACAAUUGCCACAUUGCAACAAUUGCCAUAUUUGCAACAGUUGUCCAUGAGUUGCACUGUCAAUUAAAGCAACAACUGUGCCGUGCCGGUAGUACGACAGCAGUGCUGGUAGCACGGUUGCAGUGCUGGUAGCACGGUUGCACUGCUGGUAGCACGGUUGCAGUGCUGGUAGCGCAGUUGCAGUGCUGGUAGCA